AUGGCAUCUGGAACACGUAGACCAACGGUAGUUCGUGUCAGUAAACAACUAUUAUGCCAACAAGCACAACAUCGACCACGACAACAACAACAACUACAACCACGACAACAACAACAACUACAACCACGACAACAACAACAACUACAACCACAUCAAGCAGCACUACAACGACAACGACCGAUACUACCAGUACCAGUACCAGUACUUCAACAACCACAACAUCGACCACGACAACAACAACUUCUACCUCCACAUCAAGCACAACGACCACUACUACCAGUACCAGUACCAGUACUUCAACGAGCACAACAUCGACGAAGACAACAACAACAACAACAACCACAUCAAGCAGCACUACAACGAGUAUUAUCUAAAGCUAAAUCAUAA